UGCAGUGAUCAUGAGCGCGUAUCUACUCUCACUUACCUAGACCACGCAUCCUGUUGACCUCUUGUCGGCACGUGACGUGGCCAUCUACUUUCGCGUGAAACAGAUAGAUGCGGAAGAAACAUUCAUCUUGCAAAAUACUCUUUCUAGUAAAACGCCUUUCUAAUCUAUGGUGUCGUGAGAAGUCUUUGCUAGAAGCAACAAAGAAGUAACAAGGACAAAUUUUUUGAACGUAUUGGAUACGAAUGCUAACAUCCAGACAGGCUGAAUAAGCGCAUUCCCAUUGGGACUAUGAAUGUCGGGACUCUUAGCCAGCUCUGAUAACUCUCGAUGCUGAUUGGCUGUCGGCAUCCCGUGAUGUCAUACACUAAGACAGGUGGGAGCGUCUACAAUUAGCACAUUGGGCAAACCAUGCGAAGAUAAUCCGACGCGUACAUUCAUUCUCUUCUGGUCGUUAGCAGCGCCUCAUCUUGUUUAGCGCCCUCUCAGAUUCGGUCGAAUGGCGAGCUAUGAUGUUCCUGUAAUGCAACGUGAGGCCGUCAAGGUCGAGCAAACGUCGAAAUCUAGCGCCGCCUGUCGCAAGGAUGGAGAGUAUCAGCUAAUGCAAAACGAAGUUUUGUAUUCGGCUACAUCGCGCUAUCAAGUUCUCGAGUAUUUGGGCAAAGGAACGUUCGGCCAAGUCGUCAAAUGUUGGAAACAAGAAACGAGCGAGCUGGUCGCCGUCAAGAUCUUGAAGAAUCACGCCUCGUAUGCUCGACAAGGCCAGGUGGAGGUGAACAUACUCUCAAGACUGGGAAACGAGAAUCCGGACGCGUUCAACUUCGUCAGAGCUCACGAUUGUUUCCAGCACAACGGACACACAUGUCUAGUGUUUGAGAUGUUGCAAUUGAACCUCUACGAUUUCCUCAAACAGUCAAAGUUCCAGCCAAUGCCGUUGAAACACAUCCGCCCUAUCUUGCUGCAGGUGCUCACCACUCUUCUCAAGCUGAAGAGCUUGCGUAUUAUUCACGCCGACCUGAAGCCAGAAAACAUCAUGUUGGUUGAUCACGAUAGACUGCCAUUCAGAGUAAAGGUGAUCGACUUUGGUUCGGCAACGUUUGCUACAAAAACUGUCUGUUCAACGUAUCUCCAAAGCCGCUAUUACCGUGCUCCUGAAAUUAUUCUUGGGCUGCCAUUCAGUGAAUCUAUUGAUAUGUGGUCUCUUGGGUGUGUGGUAGCAGAGUUGUUUCUUGGUUGGCCUCUGUUUCCAGGAUCUAGUGAAUAUGAUCAAAUUAGAUAUAUUGUGGAUGCCAGAGGCUCUAUUCCUGAUAAAAUGCUAAACAGAUCAACAAAAGUUUCCAAGUUCUUUCAGUCUGGUUCGAAUGGCUUACAUGUUCUAAAGUCUGCAGAACUUUACCAGAUGGAGAACAAAGUGAAGCCUAAAGAAGCAAGAAAGUAUCUUUUCAAGGAUCUUAUUGAAAUGGUGGAGAUUGGUAUUCCUAGUGAUUUGAAAGGAAAUCAGUUGUUUGCAGAACGAGCAGACAGACAUGAGUUUGUGGAUCUCAUCAAGCAGAUGUUGGAAGUUGAUCCUGACAAACGAUGUACACCAGAAGAGGCAUUGGCUCAUCCUUUUCUCACUAUGUCACAUUUCCAAUAUUUCCAAUAUUGUCCAAAUGUCAUUUCCAGCUGGGAGCACAUGCAAGUGUGUACGCAACCAACACAACCUGUUCAUUCUCUCAGUGUCGAUAUUACCCAGUGUUCUUGUUGUGACCGCUCAUUUCAUUGUCUUUCUACAUCAUCUCUGCAUUCUUCUGUACCUCCAGCACAAUUGCAUUCUACCUCUCUUGGUCUAGACAACUAUUCAUUCGCUGGUGAGUCUAUGAUUGGCCCUUUGGAGUUGGUGUCUCGCGGAGUUCAUCGCACACGUGAUCUGAACGUUGCACAUCAGUCAAGUGUUUUGCGACCACCACCUCCUCUCAUCCAAGCUGCACCUCAUACGAGUACAAUAGCCAGCAAACACCUACACUGUAGUUCUGUCAAUGGUCCUCGAUCACAAGCAGCUGAAAUAGUGCAAGUGGAUCGUCAGUUUUCUUUGAGAGGCUUUAGAGGUGGACUAGGAGAUCAUCUGAGACAUCGCAGAGAGUCUAACGGAUAUACACUACAUCAUCAUCCUCACAGUCUUGACCCAAUUGCUGGAGUCAGUUUGCAUGAAGAGGGCUAUGUGUCAGCAAGUCCACCCUGUUUUGCUGGGGAUUGUGUGUCAGACAUGGCACCUGCAGCUGAACGAAUGCAGUUUCAGAUGGCACCUGGAAUGUCAUGUUCUUCAGUCAGACAAGCAGUGUUCUCUGUGUCCGAUGGCCAUACAUCAUCGGGCCAUACCCUUCCCAUUCAUCCUCUACAUCAUGUCCACUCGGUUCCAGUCAUAACUUCUCUAGAGAACACAUUUGGCAUGACUCGACAUGUCCCUUCAAUCAUAACUCCAUCAGCGACGACUCCAAGUUCUGUUGCAUCUCCUAUGCAGCACACACCCUUUGGUAACUCACUGGGAAGUAGCAGAGUAUGGCAAAGCAGAAGGGAUCCUCACUUCCAACUUGGUUGGUCAACACAACCUGCUGUUCCUUCAGCUCAUAUUUUGCAGCCAACUUCCUCAGGUACUGUUUUAGAUGUCGAUCCCAUGUUGUUAUUGGAGCGUCCUGCUAAUCCUGCCCCUCAGUUGACUGAUUCAUGUGUUCAACCUGUUAUGUCAAUGCAACCUAUAAGCUUGGUGCCUUCUGCUCAUCCCUUUGUGCUGCAGUCUCCAUAUUCGCUAUCUCACACUCAUUUGGCCAGAAAUAGUGCCUUUCAACCUUGUAAUUUCAGUCAUAUGUAGUGCUUUCAUGCUGUUGGUGUUUGUCCGUUGGUAAGAGCAACUUGGUAGAGUAUUGACUUGCUAUAAUGUCAUUAGUGUUGCCAGCAGGAUCUGGUCACUGCCAUAGUUUGUACAGUGUAGAUGGUUGGUUGUAUUGUAGCUGUGCAUUUCAGUUAGCUAGCUAUGCAGAGCUGCAGGUUGCAUUAUAAGUGACAGAUUAGUGUUGUAUAUAGACAUCACGGGCUUGUACUGUAUAUUGUGGAACAAAGCGUCAUAAUUGAAAACGUG